UUUAAUUUUAGCAAGGUUCCUUAUUGUUCUUUAUUUACCUGCCUCUGAUUAAGUUCUUCAGACUUUAGAUAUGAGCCUCUUAGCGUUAUGAAUAAUUAGGGUUUGGAGGCACUUCCUUGUCUCACUUUAUAAAAGCACUCUCUCUCUCCCAUCUCACUCACUCCUGCUUCCCCUUUCUGAACUCAGUCGAUCGCCCAUCAUGGGGAACUUCGCUGCCAAUGAGGGACUCUCCAUUUUUGUUAUUCUGGUGUGGCUGGGGAUCAACGCCUUCCUGUUUGUGCAUUUCUACAUGGCCUUCCUGCUGGAGCGCUGGUUCUACACCCGAGUCCUGCUGGGGCAUGCUCUCUCGUGGGCUCGUGCUCCAGCUGCCUGUCUGAACUUUAACUGCAUGCUCAUCCUGCUGCCGGUGUGCAGGAACCUGCUGUCCUUCCUGAGAGGAACCAUCCAGUGCUGCAGCCGCACCGCAGCUCGACAGCUGGAUCGAAACAUCACCUUCCACAAACUGGUGGCUUACAUGAUCGCCUUCCACACGGCCGUGCACAUCAUCGCCCACCUGUUCAACUUUGAGUACUUCAUGGACGCUCAGCUGAACAGGAACAGCAGCUUCCUGCCCUUCGUCCUAUCAGAGAUCGGCUCAGGAGACAACGCCUCCUUCCUGAACCCCAUCAGGACCAACGACACGAACCCCACCUUCGUGUUGUUCACCACCAUCGCUGGAGUGACGGGCGUCGCCAUCACGCUGGCUCUCAUCCUCAUCAUCACGUCCUCCAUGGAGGUGAUCCGCCGCUCCUACUUCGAGGUGUUCUGGUACACACACCACCUCUUCAUCAUCUUCUUCAUCGGGCUGGCGUUCCACGGCGCUGGGCGCAUCGUGCGGGGACAGACCUUCGACAGCCUGAUCACCAACAAGCCGGAGGGGUGCUCCUCCAAGUUCGAGGAGUGGGGGAACGACAACGGAUCCACCUGUGCUGUUCCCAGGUUUGCAGGAAACCCCCCGCAGACGUGGAAGUGGGUCCUGGGCCCGAUGAUCCUGUACGUGUGUGAGAGGAUCGUUCGCUUCUACCGCUCCAACCAGAAGGUCGUCAUCACCAAGGUGGUGAUGCACCCCUCGAAGACCCUGGAGCUGCAGAUGAAGAGGAAGGGCUUCCACAUGGAGGUGGGGCAGUACGUGUUCAUCCAGUGCCCCUCCGUCUCCAGGCUGGAGUGGCACCCCUUCACCCUGACCUCCGCCCCCGAGGAGGACUACUUCAGCGCCCACAUCCGCAUCGUGGGGGACUGGACGGAGGCGCUGCACGAGGCCUGCGCCGGGGACAAGACGCAGCCGCAGGACGCCUGGAAGCUGCCCAAGCUGGCGAUAGACGGGCCGUUCGGCACGGCCAGCGAGGACGUGUUUGGGUACGAGGUGGUGAUGCUGGUGGGAGCGGGCAUCGGAGUGACUCCUUUCGCCUCCAUCCUGAAGUCUGUGUGGUACAAACGCAACCAGAACAACCAGGACGUCUUCACCAAGAAGAUCUACUUCUACUGGCUGUGUCCGGAGACCCAGGCCUUCGAGUGGUUUGCUGACCUGCUGCAGUCUCUGGAGGCUCAGAUGACGGAGAAGGGCGUGACGGACUUCCUGAGUUACAACAUCUACCUGACGCGCUGGAAGGAGACUGAGGCGGCUCACUUCCGCGUUCACCACGAGGCGGAGAACGAUCCAAUCACAGGCCUCAAACAGAAGACUCUCUACGGGAAACCCAACUGGGACAAUGAGUUCGGCAACGUGGCAGCAAAGCACCCUGGGACUAAAGUGGGGGUGUUUCUGUGCGGCCCCCCCCAGCUGGGGAAGUCUCUGGAGAAACAGAGUCUGUCUCACACCGAGGGCGACGUAAAGUUCAUCUUCAACAAGGAGAACUUCUAACUUCUCCUCGUUCAUGUGAGGAGUCAAAGUGUCGCCACAGACGUUUGGCAAAGACGCCGCUGUUGCUCAAACCGUGGAGGAAAUACCCCGAGGCGUUUUCCACAUUACAUUCUUCUCCUUUUGCUACUUCAACAUUUCAAACCACUGCUAGUUUCAAAACCUGCCUUCUCUUUUGCAUUUGGUUUCCUGUUUGCUGCGAGGAGGAGCAGGUCUAUCGUUUCUGAAAGAACUUGAGAGGAAAGGAAAUGCUAAAUGGCCCUGGAGCAAGGCAUUAAAGCAGCUUCAGUGUGAGGCAUACAAACAACCAGGAAGUGAAGCAGCAUCACGUACCACUUGUUACAUCUUCUUGCUUGUGUGUUGCUUUUCUUUAUUUAAACAAGUUUCAACUCAACUGUAUCUACUGGACAGAGACUCUUCAAAUGGAUAACUAGCCUCCUUCUGUGUGAUCGUGUCUGAAUAAUAACAGAGACUGAAGUUUUAACUAAAUGAAAUGGCUGUAAUUUAUUUUAUGUAUCAAAUAUAUUCAGACCAAAAAGUGUGUACUGUGUGUCCAGUCUGUUUCACAUCAUCGCACACUGAAUGUAUUCGUUUCUUUAUCAGACAGAACAUUUGAAGGUGUCGCCUUGGACUCAGUGUGCACCCCGGGGUUUGGGGAAUUUCCUUUUUUGGUAAUAAACCUGAACUCUCGGAGCGGUUUGGUUUGGUUGCGUUAAAGGAUUUUGUAACUUGUGUAAACAGAAAUGGGAACCGUCGUCUCAGACAGAGGACUUUCUCUCACUUCAGUACACAUUUGAGAUACUUGCAGAACAUACAAGUAACUUCAUAUUGCACUGAAGUAGAGUAUCUGAGUAUUUACUGUACAUUUACAAACACAAGUGAAUCUGAAAAAUGGCACAAAACUGAGGAACAACAAUGGAUGAAUAAAAUAAUGGAAUAAAUAAGCAGUUUCUCUUGAA